AUGGCACUCGUCCAAGCUCUUUGGAUAGACAAUGAAGACGUUAGCAGUGCGAUAGAGUUCCCUGUCAUCAACGGAAAAACAGGAAAGAUUGUCCACGCAGCGAAUGGGGCGACUCCAGAAUUAGCUGUUGCCGCUGUUGAGAGCGCACAGCGGGCUUUCAGGACGUGGUCCAAGACAUCGCCAUGGGAGAGACGGACGCUGUUACAAUCUGCUGCUCGCAUUCUGCACAAUCGACGACACGAGAUUUCAGAGCUUAUCAAGGCAAGUCUGGAGACCCCCGCUCCGGACUUCAUGGUCGAGGAAAUCAACAUCAAUAAUGGCAUCGCCUUAUUCGAAGAGCUCGCUGGCCAGAUCACAAAUAUGACGACCGGAUCCCUGCCGCACUGUCGUGACUCGAAUACGAUGGCAUUUGUGGUCAAGCAGCCAUACGGAGUCCAACUCGGCAUCGCGCCAUGGAACGCGUCCCUGUUUCUUGCCCUUCGCUCCGUGAUAACGCCAAUCGCAUGUGGAAAUACAGCAAUUCUGAAGGCAUCGGAGCUCUGUCCGGGUGUGCAUCACUUUCUCGGCCGAUUACUGAAAGAAGCUGGCUUCCCCCCUGGGGUGUUGAAUAUUAUCCAGCACCGCAGAGAGGACGCGGCCCAGAUCUUCGAGACUCUCAUUAGCCACCCGGCCGUGCGCAAAGUGAAUUUCACUGGGAGUACAGCGGUGGGUAAGGUAAUCGCCGCCAAGGCUGCACAAUAUGCGAAACCUUGCAUUCUGGAACUGGGUGGCAAGGCGCCGCUCAUUGUGUUUGAAGAUGCUGACCUUGAGGAGGCAGCAAAGGCCGCUGUGAUGGGUGCAUUUGUGCAUCAUGGGCAAAUCUGCAUGGGAACCGACACUGUCCUGGUUCAUAAAUCCGUGGCCGAGACGUUGAUUGCUAAAAUGUCAGCCGAGGCGCCACGAAUUCCCUGCAGUUGGGCUGUGUCUGAUCAGCAGGCCAUGAAAACCGAAGCUCUGGUUGAAGAUGCAAUUAACCAAGGGGGUAGACUGGUCUAUGGAAAGCUAGAAAGAAACGGGGCGAGCCUACAUCCGACCAUUCUUACUGGCGUGAAGCCAUCGAUGCGGCUUUACUCGGAAGAGAGCUUUGGCCCAACCCUCGCCGUAUUACCCUUCGAGUCCGAAGAUGAGGCGGUCGCUUUGGCUAACGGACACGAAUAUGGCCUUUCCGCCAGCGUGUUUACCAAGAAUGUGCCGCGAGGAAUAAGGAUUGCGCGCGGAAUUGAUAGUGGUGCGGUCCACAUCAAUUCGAUGACCGUGCACGAUGAAGUCCAGCUUCCUCACGGAGGAACCAAGUCAAGCGGAUGGGGGCGGUUUGGUGUCCCUUGGGCGUUUGACGAAUUUCUACAAAUCAAGACGAUUACGGUGAAGGUCACCGUCGACAUGUCCGACUCCGCAAAAUCACCACCGCCAAAUCCAGCGCCUCGACGCACAGUACCUUCGAAAAGAAAGCAAACGGUCGAUCGGUCGCAUAAUCAGGUGCACCAGGCGUGUUCUACUUGCAAGGCCCGGAAAGCCCGAUGCGAUUCGAAACGGCCGCGCUGUUCGUUUUGUGAAGGCCGUAACCAGGAGUGUGUCUAUCCGCCGCCAUACAAGAGGGCGAUCUGCUCCCAGUCGCACGUGGAUAAUUUGGAAGCGAAGAUACAGGAAUUGGAAGCUCAAUUAAACCCCCAACCAGAGACGAUCACCAGGCAUCAACAGGGCUCAAUCGCCUCGCCCCCAAACAGCUCCCACAGUCGAUCGAAUAGUCCGCAGCUAUGUCUCACCGGGAUACAGGCCAACGUCGCGGCCACAGAUAUCAACGGAGGAAACAACAACUACACUCCUGUAGCCCCCGAGCCGAGGCCCCCGGUAACGACGUUUACCAUCAGCGAAAAUGAGACAGAAGGAAGGGAAACGGCAGACCAGGUGCCAGCAACAGAUGAAAUGGUCGCAUACUCCAUGUCGCCGCAACAGGGCAAAGACACGGAUGGAUUCUACCGUGAUUCUUAUUCUCUUCGGUUUGCCAUGCACGUCAAGGCCUCGACCAUGCCCCGAAGGAUGUCUGUAUCCACCACAACAGGCCAGUCUUUGCCCCCUAGACAGGGCCUCCUUCAAGCGAACGCCAGCUCCCGGGAUGACGAGGAUGAUCUCGCCGCAUUGCGGUCAUACCUCACCAUGCCAUCCUUCUCAGGCAUACCGCAUCGACAUGUUGCGAAACAGUUGCUGGAGGCUUACUUCUUCAAUGUCCACCCUAUCUGGCCUUUCUUAAUCGAAGAGGAUACGCUUGCUCAGUUCGACAAGAUGUACACCUCCGAAAAUCCCAUGGAACCAGUUGCUAUCGCGACCAUGAAUUUGAUAUUUGCACUGGGCUGCCUAUUCUGCCGCAACAUGACUCCCGACGGUGAUCCAGUGAGCACCAUGGGCUCCGGUACUUCCUUCUACAGGUGUGCCCGCGCCUUUAUCGUCGCUCAUACAUAUAAUACCUGCUCAAUCAGUAUGCUGCAGACCCUCCUGCUGAUGGCGCAGUAUCAACAAGGUACCAUGAGGGGGAAGCAAUGCUGGCUUACUAUCGGCCAUGCCACAAGGAUUGCACAAUGCCUGGGCUUGCACUUGGAUUCGCGGGACUGCUCGCAAGCCCCUCUUGAUCGUGAGCUUGGCAGGCGUCUUUGGUGGGGAUGUUUUUCCCUCGACAGGGUGGCCAGCAUGAUCUAUGGUCGUCAGCCAACUCUUUUACACCCCAGAUUCUCGAAUCCCCCGCUUCCUCAGUCGAUUGAUGAUAUAUACAUACGCGAUGGCAAGACACAACCUGAUAGAAUCCCUUCGGUGAACGCCUUCAUUCGCUGCACCGUCCGUCUCUACCUAGUGAUGGACAAGAUCACGGAAGAGCUGCAACCACCCAGUGGACGAUCUGACUCGUCUCUCGAACUCAAUACACAGGGCAACUAUCUUGGGAUGCAUCUCUCCCUGAUUACUUUCGAUUUCGUUGGACGGCGCACAGUAACUAUCAUCCUCUUACUUGGCCCGCCUAAAUCAAUGGAGAGCGCUAUCGAUCCGUCGUAUCACUGGCCACCACUCUUUUCCGACCUUAUCCACGGACCGGCUGGUGAUGGUACUGUCAUACGGCCUCAGUCCAACUUUGAGAGCUUGCUGGCCUAUCUCAGUACUCAAAUAUGUGUCCAAUCUGCGCAGCAGCAGAUUGACGCGAUUAGUGUUAACCGCCCCGCCAAUCUGACAGGCGCAUGGUGGUGGGACUUUCAUUUCAAUUUCGAUUCUCUAUGUGUCCUCCUCGGUGCUGUAGGGCUUCCGACUGAGUACAGGGCCGCCAUAAUCCUCGAUGUGGCCGUGAUUCAGGAAACCAUCCGCAAGGGGCUCGAGACAAUUCGUUCUCUGGACAGACCUUACCGAAAAAGCCCUCCCGCCAGCAACGACGAAAGUGACAACCCAGGGAUGGCGCUAAGUACCCUCGCGACAGGACAAGGUAAGGAUACACGCCUUCAUCAUGUUGGCUUAGGAAACAGUAUGGGACUGGAUGCAUGGGUUCCCCUGAAUGCGCUGCCCGAUGCUGGAAUACAGGAUACAACGAGCAACGUAAAUCGGAACCAUAUGGAAGAAUUGGGAGUGUUUUCUACGACGACAAUGGGCUGUUUACUGCACAGUUCUUUUAGUUCCUGGGACGCCUUUGAUCGUGAUACAGUCACAUCGCGUGGUCAAGAGCUGGGGCCUGAGAGGCUGAUGGAUUUUCAACCGGACUGGGCUUGA